AUGACCAUGAGACGGUCGUCGUCGAGGAAAGUCGAUAAGCGCUCGAACAAAGCCAGUCGGAACCUCUUGGUUGCUCUAGCACUUGCCUCGCAGUUGCCAACCACCAAUGGAAUCGUGUUCCCCAGCUACCACCCGAGUUACAAAAGCGAUUACCUCCAGCUAAACAAGAGGUAUAACCCCGCCAAACGAGGUCCGCCCGAGGAUUGGAACGGGAGGAUACCCUUGAAGAUUACCAACUCAUGCCCCGGCACGAUCUGGCCCGGCAUCACAACCCAGCAUGGCAUCGGCCCCGGGACCGGAGGCUUCGAGCUCGCCUCAGGCGAUAGCCGAGACUUAUGGGUUGGGCCGACAUGGCAAGGCCGUGCCUGGGGAAGGACUAACUGCACAGUCAACGGGGAGUCGGCUGGCUGCGCAACGGGCGACUGCUUUGGAAAGCUUGACUGUGAAUUCAGUGGUACCGUUCCUGCUACCCUUGCCGAGUUCAACCUAGCCGGAGGUGUCUCCGGGAGACAGACAUUCUACGACAUUUCCCUCGUCGACGGCUACAAUCUCCCCGUCGGCAUCAACUACAUUCCCGCUGAGAACACCACGUUCAUUCCGCCCAACCUGACGAACUGUGCCUGCAUCGCGACGCCAGGCUUCAUGGCUCAGCGUGCAGCCAGUGGAGCGGUCUACACCAACAGCACAUUCCCCGUCCCUUGGGAACCAAACGAAUCCAACGACAGUGUUCGAGACUGGUGCCCUUGGCCCCUGCUAACUAACCCGCCCGACAAGCCCGGCGAUGGAGUCUACCCUUACCCUGACGACCAAAUCAGGCGUCCCACCUUUAGCCCGUGCAAGAGCCAAUGCGCGGCCACGAACUCGGACCACGACUGCUGUAUAGGCAAAUGGCAUGAUCCCGAUAAAUGCAAGCCGGGUUUGUUCUCCAGGCACGCCAAGGCUAUGUGUCCUGACGCGUACAGCUUCGCCUUUGAUGACCAGACCUCGACCUUCAUCGUCCCCUCGGGUGGCGGCUGGGAGGUUGUCUUUUGUCCCGCCGGUCGGAGCACUAACAUCCUCCGAACCAUGGGACCGCAGCUGUUCGAGAUCGCGAGCGCCGGUUUUCUGAGCCAAAAGAACCUGGAGCUGGUUAGGAACCGCACUUACAUAGAGUCUGAGAGCGCGAAGAACGCUGCCUCAGGCCAUGCUGUGUUGUCGCACUGGGCCAUCUGUGCGAUUAUCACUGCUGUGCUUUUGAUAGAGUGGUGA